CAUGUGGUGAGUGUCUAACUGAACCGUGGGCAUUUCUUUGAGGGGAAUAUGUCCCGAUCCUCCAUCUCCACAGCAUCCUAAACAACACGUAAACAUCGCAGCCAUUCUCGUCCCGAUCGCUAGCUUCACAUCCGGAAACAAACUCCCAUGAAAACCAAAGAAGAGUGCCCAGCGUUCAGACGUCAGGACCCGCUGACACAACAGCGACACCCCGAGGCCGAGGUCGGUACCAAAUAAGCCCCUGGUACCCGACUGUAUCCAAUCACAGCGGCUAAGAUAGGCAGUUGCUCCUGAUGGCAUGGAAACAAGGGAAGAAAAUCAAGGUCAAAAUUUCUACACGUGACUUAGUAACUAUUGGGUAUCGAUGUUACAUAACCACAAGUGAAGAGAAAGUUACUUUUGGAUGUUUCAUGUUCAAUCGUUUUCGAGAGAGUUGCCUACUUGUUCAGAUCCAGGCAUGAGUGAGGACGGAGCAUCCUCGGCACUUUAAAGCCGUCAUACAUGCAUACAUUUCUGCGUUAGAGUUGUUUUUCUCAAGCUCUGCUCGCUCAGAUCGCUAAAAUAACAUGCCUUUAAUCCUUAAAGUGAGGUUUAAUAUAGAGUUUGACUCUUUUACAUGAGAUUAUGAAUCUGUGCGCCAUCGUUUUCGCAUUAACCAUUUACAGAUGUUGACAAGUAACCACACGAGCGAGCCGACUGAAGUGGGGCAGUAGAAAAACCUGCGAUGCCAAGCUGGGACUAAAACCUAGUUGACAGUUUUUCACGCUGUAAUGUUUUGCAUAGCAACAGCCCCUCCCCCAUCGGACAGAUAGGGAUCCUCUGCAAAUAACCCAACAGGGACAAAAACGAAAAACACCCCAGCGAUCAAAACUGGCUCAUGUAAACAACCAAAUAGAAGCAGCGUUCUCUCUAACGUCGAUUUGUCACAAAAGCCGGAUUUUCCCGUGCGUAAAUCCCUGCGAAUUAAUGCGUGUUAUUCUCCCGCGCGCAGCUGAAACGGUUAACUCUGUACCCGGAAAAGGGCGAAGUCUGCACAGCAACAAGCGCCAUGAUUGCGUUGCACUGUGCGUCUCAGCAGCUGGUGAGUGAUUCUUUUGGUCCAGUAGUUGCAUGUUACUAUGCGCUUGCAAAAUCUGUCACAGCUCUACUUCAGUACCUUGCCAACAGGAGCAACGUUAACGCGCGUCCUGUUUGUCGAUAAUUUGUCGCAUUGGAUUGGUUUAGACGACAGGGAUUUAGGGCUUCAGACAGCUAACCUACCGUCCUGCUUUUAUGUAAUACAAACAGCUAAGAGACAUUUGUUCACUUCUUUAAGUCUGCGUUUGUAAACUUCUCUCCUCUGACUUGAACCCACUGUGGUUUUUGCAACGCGGUUUGAAGUCUCAGUCAACGCCAGCUGCUUUCAGAAAGACAUCAAAAGGCAGCAGGAUGAUACUUUACGUUACACGGGCAAGUGGAGCCUUUGACAGAGCUGGUGCCAACCUCCUUUUACGCGGGCACAGCCAUGAGAAUCAGUUUCACUUUCAGGAUGAUGGGAAUGCUUCAGAAACAGUUGGGACAUGACUUCAAAGACUGUAUCCUUUGCGAUGCUACAUUACUGUCAUGUGUAAUUUAUUGCCUUAUGGGUCAGCAUCCCCCCCUGAGUGUGGGUGCGUAUUAUGUAACCUAUUCUGAAUUGUGCUGAUUUAUUGAGUCCUUUGCUUAAAUUACGCAUCGAUUUGACGCCCCGGAUGAUGUGUUUUCAGGGUACCAUGGAGCAGCUUGAGGAGGAACUUACGUGCCCAAUCUGCUGCAGUCUCUUCGAGGACCCAAGGGUGCUGCUGUGUUCACACAGCUUCUGCAAAAAAUGCUUGGAGGGACUUCUGGAGGGAAACCGAGGUUCAGUUUACCGAGCACCUUUCAAAUGUCCAACAUGCCGCAAAGAGAGCCCUCACAACGGCGCAAACAGCCUGCAGAUCAACUAUUCUCUGCGCGGAAUAGUGGAGAAGUACAGCAAAAUAAGGUUCACGCCGAAGAUGUCUGUUUGUAAACAACACUGCGGCCAGCCUUUAAACAUAUUUUGCGCCACGGACCUAAAACUCAUUUGUGGGUUUUGCGCCACGACAGAUGACCACAGGGGGCAUAAAUUCUCUUCCUUGGAGGAGGCAUAUGAGCGGGAGAAAGAGGCAUUUGAAGAGCUGCUUCACGGGGUGGAGAGCUGGCAGAGCGCAGACAUCCUGUCCUGCCUGGAGACACUACAAGCCAGUAAGAAAAAAGCGCUCCAGUCGGUCACUAAGGACGCAGAGAAGGUAACAGACUACUUCGACAAACUCACCAGCGCCCUCGAAUGCAAAAAGAACGAGAUCCUCUCCGAUUUUGAAACACUAAAGCUGGUUGUGCUGCAAGCGUACGACCCGGAGAUCACCAAGCUGAGCGCAGCGAUAGAGGAGCACAGGCGAGCGCUCAGCAUCGCACAGUCUUUCAGGAGCGUCACCGACCCCCUGUGCUUUCUGCAGCAGAUGCAAGAUUUUCGGGAGAAGUUGGGGAUCAUUAAGGAGACCCCUCUGCCCUCGCGGAAAGACACGGACGUCGGUCCACUCGUGCGUAAUUUCGAUGUGAAAAAGUGGGACUCCCUGAGGCUCAGAGAAGUGGACAAGAUUUCAGUCCCCCAUGAGAGUGGCUCCUACCGAGUGGGGGGCUCACGGAUGACAUCGGCCAGAUGGAUCAUCUUGUUUCUGAGUGUGUUAAUUCCAACAAUCCUGCUGCUGCUGCUGCUGCAGCCGCACAUCCUCGCAUCCUCAGUGUCUGUGCAGAUCGGGCCGGUUCUCACUGCAGCCUCCUCGCACAUUGCCCACACCGGUGUGUACCUGCAGCAAAUGACUGACAUGUACGCACGUUUAAUGGGUGCAGGUCAGCAAUGUAUUGUGAACUUUAUCGACUACACUGUCAAUUUUAUUGGCAGCUGUAAGUUGUAUUAAUUACAAGCCUGUGGCAUCUCUGCCAGCACUCACAGCGACAGAUUGUUACAUAAGAAAUGAUCCGUGCGGUGCAAUUCACACUAAGAUCCAAAUUAUGAUGCUGAUUUUUUUUUCAACCUAAUAUUUAAAUUUGUCUCUUUUUUCAUCUAAGGUAAAUUUGUCAUUCAGCCAUACAAACUCUAAGUUCCCCCACUAAGGUUUUACCUAUUUUCCAAUCAGAGAAACACACUACAUUUUCCUCCUACUAAUGUAAUCUCUUUUUCUCAAAAUCACGAUGACAGUUUUAUACUUGUCCACAUUUUAUUGGUAAAUAAAACGGAAAAUCAAGUCACUGCCAUGUUUGUAUUUUAUUUAGUAGCACAGGCCAUGUCAUCGGUGUAUUCAGGUCGACAAACGAGCCUAUGAACUGAGCAAGUGAGUCAGAAAAGAGAGAGUGUAAUCCCAGGCCUCUUUCCGAGCAGAGCGCAUCCGUGAGCACCUCAGUGAUGCUGCAACCUCUUCAAGGUUACACACGUUGCAUAACAGGGCCCGUGUGAAAUAUUCACCAGGCUGCAGACACGCUGCAAGAAAAAAAACAAGAGCAUCACUGUUUGUGUUUUUUUUUUCUGUUUUCACACGAUGACCUCCCCUUGGUCUAUCAUCGAUAAAGUCAGGACACUUGCUCGUCACGCGUGGUGGGUACCCACUUUAUUUUUACGCGAGAUUUAUUUGUGGCUGUGACUCACUCGUUCGGUCUAUAAAGUCAAACAUCUGCAGGCUGUUAGGUUUUAAAGUACAGUGUGGGGCCUAUUUUUCUGAUGUGAAUCUGGAUUUAUACAGUGUCGACUUGUAAGCUCUGAAUUGGAAGUUAUUAAAAUUCUUGAACUCAGUGUGGACAUAAAAAGGUCUUUGGCUGCUCGCCAGCACUCCUCUUUAUUUAGAUGGGUCAAAGCAGGACAGCAUGAUCUGCUCUUUUAUCAUUGGCUCUCCUGAAUAGAAAUGAAUUUUUUUUUUUUUUAAAUUGAAAAUAAUAUUUUUAAAAUCCAAAGAUCAGACCACAAAGUGAAUCCGUGAUGUCAGCACUGACCAUAUUUCAGGAUGUGCGUCAUGGCACGCACGGUCAUAUAUAUAGACCCUCUGUUGCCAGGCAAAUAUAGGAUGAAAAUAAAUAUAGCACUCUACAUUAAUAUUUUAAUUGUUACGGCACGCAAAUUUAAAUAUAGCAUUAUAAUAGUCAACUCAUUUCAAAUUAAGACAAACUGGUGUGAAAGAGCGUAAAACAGGAAUGUACUGACACAUUUUCAUGAGGCUAUUCCGCAUGCUCCGUCACUUUGGAGUAGCAGUGGGCCUAAGUAAGGUAAAAUUAAAAUUAAGCAUAAAACAGUCUCUCUGACACCUUUCAAGAAGACUGUAUGAGCAGAUAAUACAUGAAAAGGUUAUUGAGUGUGUAUAGAGUGUCAUCACAGGAGCAGAGAAGGUCCCGCACCCUUACACAGCUUCACACACUUCAAAUCAAAGUGAUGUGAUUCAAGGGAAAAACUCUGAAAUUAUUUCUCUUCUUAAAGUAUUUUUCACCAGAUUACCUCCUAUAGUGUUAAAAAAAUACAUGUUUUUACACAGAGAUGUCUUUCUAAGUUUCCAAAUAAGAGUUAUAAAUGAAGUAAAAACGGGCGUGCUGAUAGAUACAAGAGUUUUUAAAAAAGCAUGGCAAUAUUAAAAAUAAAGUGUAAAAAAAACCCCAAAAAGGUCAGUGCGUGAAAAAAAAAAUCUAAACCAUGAAAUGAGAGGCAGCUGUAGGGAAAAAGGUGCAAUUUUACACUCGACACAGACGCUACAACUUACAGAUAUUUUUACAUAAGAAAAUCAGUCUGAAUUAAUAUGUCAUUUUUUUGGCUGUAAUGGAUAAAAUUUGCAAAAAUGUUUAAACUGCAAAUAAAACCUUAAAAGAAGUGGUUUAAAUUAACACACACACACACACACUCCAUCACACACACACACACUGACCAUCAGUCUUGCAACCACGACUAUUAAAAAAUAUAUAUAUCACCCUAUUAUAACACACCUUUUUUACCGUUUAAAAAUAGCAAGACAAAAUUGAAAAUAUUUAUUUCAGAUAUCAUUUGGAGAAAAAAGUGAUGCGCAGGAAAAAAGGUGAUCCUGAAACGCACCCAAAUGUUCAAGCCCCUCCCUCAAUAUCGUUUUGCGCAAGUCCCACCUUUGUCAAAUACCUAAAUUUGAGCUUAUUUGUAAAUAUAGUGGAGUUAAUAAUGUAAGAGUUCAUAAUUAUCGAUAAAAAAGGCCCUUAAGGCCAAGUGGAAACAGAUAGAUGCGGUAUUCAUCCGUUCAUGGCGAGCUAAACUCUACCUUGGGCCUUGGCUUGUCAUCAGAAAAAAAUCAUGCAGACAUGAAAAAUGUUGGCGACAUUUUAGGGUGUAUCCAAAAUUUUUAAAUAUAUAUAUAAUUUUUUUUAGGGUUUCAAACAAAACAAGAGCGAAUCUGCAUGACUUUGACAUCACUUUUUUUUCUUUGUAAUCUCUUAUUUUGUCUUCAUUUACUCAAUGAAUUUAGUGUGUAAUUUUAUCAAAAGUACUUAUAUAAAAAAUGCCACAUCAUCCCGAGGGCCGGUGAGAAAGCCUACACGCAUGCAGACGUGUUUUUUUGUUUGGAGGGUUGAUUUGGGAUUAUCGUCGUCGCACGUCCCCUAACCACGCGAAUGCAUGCAGCUGGUUCACACGCGACACGGUCUGAUAUUGAGGUUUUUAUCCAUUCAGCAGAAAUAUUUUAUUUCCUAAUAGCACGCGAGGUCAUGAAAGUGAAAUCUAAUAAUCAUAGGUAUGUGUGUGAGACAAUCACAAUGCAACCAGUGGAAGGAGAGUAUUCAGUAACGGGCCAAAAUGUAAAAUAAAGGGGCUUUUAGAACUAAGAAAAAGUAUUUAGUAAUAAAAAAAAAAUCUGGCUAAGAAAACGUUUUUAUUUCAAAAUAAAUGUGUAGGAUCUUGAAUAUGCUGAGUGCUGGAAUUUUAAUCCACCGAAAAUCUGUGUGCGCAUCCCGGCUCAUGGUGAGCAGGCAGGCAGCAGCAGCAGCAG